AUUUGGUGUUUUGGAUCAUCUUUACAGGAACCAGGAAGUCAGCAUGAGCACUCUCUCCACUGACAAGAAGCCUCUUGUGGAUUACGGCGUUCAGAUCCGCUUCAUCAAGAACCUCGAUGACACAGGCGGAGGUUAUCCUGAUAAAUCCAAAGGAAGCAGCAGUGCAACUCCUCCUUCCAAUAAGUAUGGGGUGGCAGUGCGGGUUCAGGGAAUCUCUGGGCAGCCAUAUGUGGUCCUGAAAGAUGGCCAGAAAGGUGACUCUUACGGAGUUCAGCUAAACACUCCCACUCCCAGCUCAGGGCCACCUUCACCUUGCAGCACCCUCCCCAAAAUUAAUAAAGAACUAGCUGAAUUAAUAAACCCCUAUAGCCCUGCUGUAAAUACAGCUCGCUCCCCUGUUUCUGCAGCAGAGGAUGUGGAUGGGGAGAUUUUUGGGAGCCCUCUUAAAAGACCUCCUGGGGACGGUCAAGCAGGAACCCAAGGGGAGGAGGAGGGUGGAGCUGGCAGAGAAGGACUGGCCGAGAGGUCGAAAGCUAAACCCCAACUCAAAGCAACAGCCAGUGAACCAGAUAUAAUCAGAGGUUGGACUAGUAAGGAGUAUAAUGAAGCAGGGCUGAAACCUGUCAAAUUAAAUGGUGUGGGACUUAGAGGGGUAAAGCAAACUGGCUCUUGUUUUACCGGCUCUUUGGGGAGAUACAGUGGGACAAAACAGGUUCAAGAUUUCCGUUCACAAUCAUUCCCAGAACCUCCAGAAUCGUUCCCAGAACCUCCAGCAUCAACUGAUGACGAGCCCGUCCCAGCAAUCGACACUAACUCCCUGGCUCCCAUCAACAAGCUCAUCAGUAAGUUCAACAGUGGAACACCAGACAGCGCCCCACAGACGAGAGGCCGCUCCGGAGCGAGGCAGCGACUUAGGUUUGACGAGCGCAGGCGGUCCAGAAGUCUUGAUGCUAGGAAAGAUGCUGAGCCUGAGGUUUCCCCUCCCUCUCCUAGCUCUCCAACUCCGAAUCCCUACUCUGUUCCUCUGUCUACCUCCUCCAAUUUGUUGACGUCAUCUGCCCCAGCCAGCGGUAGCCUGGGAAGGAGCCCUGCAUCUGUUUCCAAGGUGACAGCACUCGAGACGUCCAAGCUGAGUUUUAAGUCACCGGGGAAGUUUGUUGCCAAGGACACCGCUCCAGCUGUAGCAAAAAAGCCUGAGGUACCUCUGCAGAGUCAGAGCACAGAGGUCAUCAAUGGGGAGGAAGCUCAAGUUAAGCAAACUAUUCACAUCCUUAAAGAGGGUGAGAGCGAGCGACCCCUCAAAAGAAAGGUCAGCCUCGUCAAUGACACAACUGACAGUUUUAAGAAGGGGGGAUCUGAUGUAAGCUUUAAAGUGGGGAACCUCGAGGAGCUUCAAGAGCAACUCAAUCGCUGCAAGAAAGAACUGCAGCAGGCCCAUGAUGAACUGACCGAGGAGCGUAUAGUCAGAGAGGGGGCAGAGUCUCGCCUGCGCCUACAGGAAGAUCUGCUGGCUGAGCUUCAGGAGGAGCUGAGGAGGGUUUCAGAAAACUCACCUCACUCAGACACACUGCAGACGGAUGUGAUAAUGUUGCAGGCUGAGUUGGCUGAGGCUGCCAUGUUACGUCAGCGCCAGGAAGAGAUUCUACACCAGCGGGAACGGGAGCUGACAGCCCUGAAGGGGGCACUAAAGGAGGAGGUGGAGUGCCAUGACAGAGAGAUGGAGGAUCUGAGGGAGCAGUACAGCCAGGACAUGGAGAACCUGAGAAAGACCAUGGAGGAGGUCACACAGUCCCAAGAGCAAAUAGAAGAAGAGAGGGAAAGGGUGAAUGCCUCCGUGCUUACCCUGGAGGAAGAACUGGAGAACUGCAGAGAUCGGGGAGAGCAGUGGAAGACACAGCUGGAGACCACCACACAGGAGAGCGGGGAGCACAUCAGCAGUCGAAUGCUAAUGAAAUCCCGUUUGGAGAAGGAAGAAUUUGAGGGCAAGCUAAAGGAUCUUCAGGAUUCUCUGCUCACCAUGAAGAAACAAAUGCCUGCAUCUGACGAUAACCGUUCUUUAGCAGAGGAGCUUCGCCGUUGCCAUGAUGAUCUGAAGCGGGCUUGCACCGACCUGGACAAGCAGAAGUGCGAGUUAAACGAGAAGAAGGAGGCACUUCAAGCCCUGAAGAAAGCGAGUGGAGAGAAAGAGGCUGAGCUUCUGUCUGAGAUCAGCAGGUUGAAGGAGCAGUCGCAGAAAGACAAAGCCAAGCUGGAAAAGGCGCUCGAGAAGGCGAAGGAGUCAUCAGCUGAGUCUUCGGGGACUCUGGUGGACCACGGCACCAACCUGGAGCUCCAGGAAGCAAACACUCGUCUCAGAGAGAGGCUGGCCCGCAUGACAAGGCUUCACUCCAGUGUGCCGCGGAACUCGGAGGCCGAGGAGGCGUUGGAAGCUCUGGAAGAUGAAAACCGCUCCCUGAAGUCUCAACUGGAGGAGGCCAAGAGAGGAACCACCCGCCUAUGCAAGGAGAGGGACGAGCUGACUCGGCGGCUAGAGGAGAGAGAUCUGGAGAGGGAAGCUCUGAGGAGGGGCAAGAGUGACUUGGAGGAGCAAAAGAGGCUGCUGGACCGAGCCCUGGAGAAGAUUAACAAAGAGAUGGAGGCGAUGAUGGAAGAUUCCCGUCAGUCUGUGGUUGCCCUGCAAACACAACUAGACGACUACAGGGAGCGCUCGAGGAAGGACCUGCUGGAAGCUCAGCGCAACAGUAAGGAUAGGCUGACAGAGCUGCAAAGGGCUCAGAGCAACCUCAAGACACAGCAGGAAGAGGUUUCCCGUUUGAAGAAGGAGCUGCUGGUGUGCAGCGAGGAGAGAGACAGCGCACAGUUGGAGAGAGAUCUCCUCAAUAACCGUCUCAAACACUUAGAGAGUGAACUAGAAUCAGAGAAGAGCACCUACACUGACCGCACCAGGGAGAUCAGGGGCCUGGAGGAUAAAAUUAAGACGUUGGAGAUCGAACUAGAUGAGGAGAGGAGCAGUGUAGAGCUUCUCAACGACCGCAUUACACGUAGCAGAGAUCAGGUUGACCAGCUACGUUCAGAGCUAAUGCAGGAGCGCUCAGCGAGACAUGACCUGGAAAUGGACAAGAGCGCACUCGAGAGACAGCUGAAGGAGUUGAAGAGUCGUGUGGUAGAUAUGGAGGGACAGACUCGGCCCUCGCCCGGAAUCACCCUGCUGGAAAACAAAAUUCAAGAGUUGGAGGAGAAAGUACGCAGUGAAGAAAGAGAGAAGGCCAGCAUCCAGGCUUCUCAGCGACGAAUGGAGAGGAAACUAAAGGAGCUAAAUGCCACGUUAGACCAGGAGAGAAGCCAGCAUGUUGAGCAAAGAGAUCAGCUGUCUCUGCGUGUGAAGGCCUUGAAACGGCAAGUGGACGAGAGCGAGGGAGAGGUGGAGCGCUUGGAGGGUGUCCGCCGGAAGGUUCUCAGAGACUUGGAGGAGCAGCAGGAGCUACAGGAAGCACUGCAUGCCAAAGUCACAGCCCUGGAGAGUGAACUCAAGCGGAAAUCACAGCAGCCACAUCGUACAGGUCUGGGCUCCUCCGCUUUGAGCUCCUCUGCUUUAAGCUCUGAGGAUGAGGAUGGUCUCUAUGACUCCAACAUCACCUCCAUCCUGAACGAGAGCCAACUUCAGACCUCCAACUGCUAAAGGAAGAUGGCGGCAUAAAUAAAAACAAAAAAUCUCCAGAGCAACGCUGCGCUACAAAUCUGCCUUGCAGUUGUUCUUGGUUUUAUUUUUAGUGCAGCAGUCCAACAGAGACAGGUUGUCAGGAUAAUUAGAUUGCAAUUUUUUUUUUAGCCUUCAGCUGUGAUUGCUUCAGUACUGUCAUGUUUUAUCUGUCUUGAAGUCUUCUGUUUUUCCGUUAUGUUGAAGAGAAGAAUUACACUUAGAAAUACAAGGUUUAACUUCAUGUACUUCAACUUUAAUGUGAACUUUAACUGUAAUGUUCACUUUGCUGCGUGUUGUGUUUGACUGUACUUACUGUACACUACUGUGGUAGCAUAAUACUGUGGCAUGGUUUAUUUCCAGAGGUCAUACAGUAGACUUAAACCAAAAAAAUUACUUCCAUAUCUUUUAAUUGUUCUUAAUUAUUUUAAUCUGUGUUUGCUUGCGCAUGAUAAUUUACAUCUGUCAGUGUUGUUAGCAGCUCCAAGUGUUUCUUUGAAAGUGAUGUGUGUUUUUUUUAAACCUUUGAAUGUGACAAUGAUGGGUUGUUUAAACUGAGCCUAUAUUUUUACACUGUAAUAGUUGUGCAUACUCGUUCUCAAGACAAUCAAUUAUACAUACUGUAGCACUGUGCGUCCUCAGACAUGAAUCCGCUCCCUAUACAAUUUUCUACUUUAACCACCAUAUUUCUAAUGUAGAUUAAUAUAUUGCUGUGUUAAGCUUGAAUCAUGUGCAUGUUUUCACUCAAAUGCCUUAAACAUUUGCUUUAUAUCUUUAUUUUCACUUCAUGUUGUCUCUGCAUGUGUUCUGUUUAUAUGCUGCUGCAGUAAUGAUUUAAAUAGUAUUUCACAUGCUUACCUGGCUGUUAUGAAUGUUGAUUAUAAUCUCCAAAUUACAUUCUGAUGGUGUACAUUUGACACAUGUCACUUUUAAAAUGUAUAUUUGGGUCUUUACAACAAAGGAUGCUAUUACAUGUGGAAUAUGUUUAUUAAGCUGCUUGUAACAUUUGAUAUGCGGAGCAGAGCUUUGUAAGCUUUGUCCUAAUUUUGACAGAUAUUUUAAGAAAAUUUUUGACCAUGUGUACAAUAAAAAGAGAUAUACGUUUUA